AUGUUUCAAAGUUCAGUUGCCUUACUGUUUAUCACUGCAGUGCUGUCAGAACCAGAAUGUUCAAGAUUUCACUAUGAGGAACAAACUUUAAACAAAAUGAUUCGGCAGGAAAUAGCCAUGGAAAAACUGCAGACGGAUAUGGCGGCAACUCAGCAGCAAGUGAUUGAUGCUCUAGAAAAGUUAACAGAAACAACCCAGCAGCUAAGUGACGACUGGAAUAAUGAAAAGAUAAAAUUGGAACGUGAAAGAAAUGACUUCAUGGAGGAAACCAAUAAAAGCAUUCAUAAUGAAAUGGCAAAGAUGAAACGUGAAAUCAAUAAAUUGACAAAGGAAACAAAUAGAAAUAUUAGAAACUUUGCUGCUGAUUUGGAAAAACUGAAAGGGCCCACAGUCGCAUUUAGAAGCAAGGACCUAGUUGAUCUAACACCAAGUUCUGGGGAAACGCUUGUGUUUAAGACGACGACGUUGAACGAAGGUCUCGGGUAUGAUAACAAGAGUGGGAUAUUCACAGCACCGGUAGCGGGAACAUAUACGUUUUCUGUGCAGCUUUGUGUUAAUGGUGGGAAAAAUAUGUAUUAUGCAAUAGUUGCGGACAGUGUAGAGAUUAACAAAGGGUUGUUUGCUGAUGAAAAAUACAUUAAAAGUUACACCGCAGAGACUGUUGCUGUUCUCCAAAAAGAUUCAAAAGUGUACGUGAAAUGUUCUAGUGGUUCAGGUAGAUUAUCAGCGGGUCUUUGGACUACUUUUUCGGGUGUUCUGGUUCACUCAUAA